UAUUGGUCGUGCGUUGGCCACGUUUAGAUCGUGACAGUCACAGACUACGGCGCGAGUGAUUGAUUUUUCCCGUUUUUCCCAGUUCUGCAAUCGGAUUUCGUCAUCCUAGAACUUUAACACUAGAUAGAAAGAAAAACCAAACACCGAAGAUGGUUUUAGAUCUGGAUCUGUUCCGCAGUGACAAAGGACAUGACCCGGCAAAGAUUGUCGCGAACCAAGAACGGCGGUUCAAAGAUGUUGCCCUGGUGGAAACCGUAAUUGAGCAGGACGGGGAAUGGCGAAAAUGUCGCUUCAAUGCGGAUAAUUUCAAUAAACUGAAGAAUCUCUGCAGCAAGGAAAUCGGUGAGAAAAUGAAGAAAAAAGAGCCUCAAGGAGCGGAAGACGACCCGGUACCGGAUGCUUUAGUAAAGGACUUGCUGGCAUUGAAAAGUGAAGAUUUGAAAGGGCUCACUGUCAAUCAGAUUAAAAAAGUGCGUGGUUUAAUCGACCAGGCGGUGAUAGAUAAUGAGGCGAAACUCAAUGAAGCGGAGUCGAAGCGAAAUUCUGCUCUCAGGGAGGUUGGUAACCACUUGCACGUGAGUGUUCCCGUUAGUAACGACGAGGACGAGAACCGUGUUGAGCGAACCUUUGGAGAUUGCGAGAAACGGCAGAAGUAUUCGCAUGUCGAUUUGAUUGUUAUGAUUGAUGGAAUGAAUGGUGAGAAAGGAGCAGUAGUGUCCGGAGGACGAGGAUACUUUUUGACUGGCCCGGCAGUGUUUUUGGAGCAGGCACUGAUUCAACAUGCCUUACAUAGCUUGUACGGGAAAGGGUACACGCCUCUCUACACACCAUUUUUUAUGCGCAAAGAGGUGAUGCAAGAAGUGGCACAAUUAUCACAAUUCGACGAAGAAUUGUAUAAAGUUGUUGGAAAGGGUAGUGAAAAAGCGGAAGAAGGCAGCACCGAUGAAAAGUACUUGAUUGCCACAUCUGAACAACCUAUCGCAGCAUACCAUCGUGACGAGUGGAUCCCAGAAGCUUCGUUGCCUAUCAAGUAUGCCGGUUUGUCGACAUGCUUCCGCCAGGAAGUCGGCUCCCACGGUCGCGACACCCGAGGUAUUUUCCGAGUUCAUCAAUUCGAGAAGGUGGAGCAGUUUGUACUAUCCUCUCCCCAUGACAACAAAUCUUGGGAAAUGAUGGACGAAAUGAUAGCCAAUGCGGAACAGUUUUGUCAAUCACUGGAGAUUCCGUAUCGCAUCGUAAACAUUGUUUCGGGAGCGCUCAACCACGCAGCCUCAAAAAAGCUGGACCUGGAAGCCUGGUUUGGUGGUUCUGGAGCUUUUCGAGAACUAGUAUCCUGCAGCAACUGCUUGGACUAUCAGGCCCGAAGGUUGCUGGUGCGCUACGGUCAAACCAAAAAGAUGAAUGCCGCCGUGGAUUUUGUACACAUGCUUAAUGCUACUAUGUGUGCCACAACACGAGUUAUUUGCGCUAUUCUUGAGACACAUCAAACCGAAACGGGUGUUAGGGUUCCAGAGCCGCUGAAGAAGUACAUGCCAGAGAAGUACCGAGACGAGAUUCCUUUCGUAAAGCCAGCACCGAUUGAGCUGGAAGCAGCGGCAGCACAAGCUAAAAAGGAUAAAAAGGGCGGUAAAAAGGAAGGACCAGCAGCAUAGGUAUGCGUGGCAAUGCAAGGUUAAACACGUUAAUAUCGCAUAGGUAUAAUGCUACUAUUUAUCGCGUCUCGCAACUGAAUGAGUCUUGAAAUCGUAAAUUGAAAAAAAACCUAAUCGCUUGAAAGCGUCGAGUUUGCUUUUUAAAUUCGAAAAACAAAACAAAAUAAAAAAAGUUCAUAACGAGCA